AUGGAUGAUGAGGAUGGGAGACAGGAUGAGGACCCACGGCUACAGGGCCCUCCUCCUGACCGCAAACAGUUGAAAGAUUCCCAAGAAUCGAGCCUCGAGGCGGUGAAAGUUGACUCAGAAAAUAUCAAGGAGGGAAGCAGAAAUUCUGUUUCUCAUGGUUUUGCUAGAGGCUGGAGUAACAACAAAGUUACCCUAUUCGGGGAGAUAUGGCAAAUUGAUGAGAACCUGGUCGCCGAGGUCACGGAACAACAAGAGGUUGUUGUAGAGCAGCAACAGGCUGAGAUGAAUCAACAGCAGCAGAAGCAGAUCCAGCAGCAGGGGAUCAUGGUUGCAGAACAAGAGAAGCAGAAGUGGGGACCUCAGGAGAUGAGGCCACAAAAGGAGCAACAAGAGCAUUAG